UUGGCAAAUGUUGGCUGAGCUGUUCUAGCCUUGGCCUCAGUGUCCUGUGCUGACUCCUGGGUGUUUCCCUCCCCUCUCUAGGAGGAUGCUGCAUUGGGGAGGGGAAGUGCUCCCUUCCCUCGGGUUGGGCUGCUGUCUACUUGUCCCGCAGUUCCAGUCCUGCGUGGCCCAGCAGGGCGUGUGGCUGGUCAGGCUCCCUGAGUGCAGGCUGCAUGUCUGUCUGGCUGGGAAACUGUGGGCUGAUUGCCAUGGGCUGCAGCUGAUGUGGAGCUGAGUGCAGGUGCAAGCUGUUUCCACAGCAACCAUCUCUGUGUGGUGCCACCUGCUGAACAAUUCCCAUCUCAACACCUGUGAUGCGUCGGGACCGGCCCCCGGAGCGGGCGGCCAGCUGGCCGGCUGACCAUGUCAUGGUGCUCAUCUCCUACUGGGCAGAGGCGGCUGCUGUGCACGAUCUGGGCUCCCAUGGCAGGAACAGAGUUGUCUAUGAUGGCAUCUCCCAGCGCCUGUCGAAGCUCGGCAUCUACCGCACCGGGGACCAGUGCCGGGAGAAGAUGAAAGCUCUGAAGGUGGCUUAUCGCAAGGCUAAAGAGAACAACGCAGCUGGGAGGCCGCCCAUGCGCUGCCCCUUCUACGACGAGAUGGACCAGAUCAUGCAGCGCUGUGUCAACACCCGCUCCAGCCUCCUUGCAGAGAGCGGUGAGGGGCCUGGCGCCGCGGACAGGCAGGAGGGCACAGCUGCCCUGGAAAGCUGGGAGACACCAGCCUCAGCCUCUGACCAUUGGGGGACCCAGGCCACUGAGAGCUGGGGAUGUGAGGAGCCGGGCUACGUACUCCCUGAGGUGCAGGACCCACUGGGUGAGGUGCAGGCUGUGCGGGUGCAGGUGAAGGAGGAAGAGGCAUCCACGGAUGAGCUGCCACAUGAGCCUGACCCUUCCCCGUCGGCAUCGGCGGAGCCCCAACCGGCCUCCCGGAAGCUGGUCUCGGCGCUGGACCGGCUCGUGCACCUCCGGGCCAGGAAGCGCAAGACGCGGGAGGAUGGGCCACUGGAGACUCCACGGGGCCCCAGCCAGAAGCACGGGCGCAGCCAGCUGGAGCUGAAGCGGGCAAGGCGCACUGGUGCCUGGAGGGCGGAGGAGAGGCAGAGCCUGGCCGAGUUCAUCCAGCAUGACCGGGAGAUGCGGCGGGAGGACCGGGAGUUCCAGGCCCAGCUCCUGGAGAAGCUCUUCCAGAAGCAGCUAGAGAUGGUGGGGGCCCUGGCCCAGCCCGCACCCCCACUGCAGGAGCCGGAGCCGGUGGUGCAGGAGGGAGCUGGGCUCCAGUUUCCUGCUCUGCUGGAGCAAGUGGUGCGAGCGCAGGCCAAGGGACAGGAGGCCGAGGCAGCUGGCCCUGCCCCUGCAGGAGCCCCGGAGCGAGCGGGGAAAGCGCCCCCUGCUGUGCAGUACUGGACGGCAGAUGAGAUCCUGCGCUGGCUGGUGCCGCAGCAGCCGCUGAUUGGGCAGCAGCCUUGGGGCGAGCGGUGUCGGGAGGGGCUGCCGGGCCCCCUCGCCUCAUGGGGAGAGGGAGAAAGGGGGGAGAAAGAGACAGAUCUCGCCGCCUCCAGACGCGUGACUGACACCUGCCAGGGGCCCAAAGGGCUGGGGGGAGUCCGACUUCUCCCUCCGCUCUGCGGGAAAACCCAACAGAUCCACGCCAGCCUGGAUGCCAGCGAGGCCGGUGACGGUGCCAAGGUGAAGGGAACUGUCCUGCACCGCCAUGACAUGGAGACACAGCGCCAGCGCUUCAGGGGCUUCCGCUACCAGGAGGCUGAGGGGCCCCGGGAGGUUUAUGGCCGCCUGUGGGAACUUUCCCAUCGCUGGCUGCAGCCAGAGACCCGCACCAAGGAGCAGAUGUUGGAGCUGCUGGUUCUUGAGCAGUUCCUGAGCCUCCUGCCUGAGGAAAUGCAGAGCUGGGUGCAGGAGCGUGGCCCUGAGAGUGGCCAGGAGGCUGUGGCCCUGGCAGAGGAUUUCCAGCUUGUUCCCCAGAAGCCUGGAUGGCAGCCCCAGGCGCGGGUGCCAGCCCAGGAAGGGGCCAGGGAUGUCGGUGCGGCGCAGCGGGCGCCGCUGGCCGAGCGGCAGAGGGUGCCCCAGGGUGCCAGCGGGCAGGAGAACGGCUGGAACGGCGGCUUGUUGGCUGCCACGCCGGGCACCCCGCUGGUGCGGAAACCAAGCCUGGGGGCGAUUGAGACAGCUGCUCCCCAGCCCCUGUGCAACAGAGUGGGCUCCAGGCAGGGACAGCAAGUGGAGAAUGGCUUAGAGCCACGGCAGAGCACCGGGCACCUGCGGCAAGCAGAGAAGAACGCUGCCCCAGUGCCACGCCCAACAGCUGGGAAGGCGACCGAGCUGGGCAGUGCUGGCCCCGGAGGGCACGUGGGGACAGACGGCAUGCUUCAGGGCAGAGCCACCAUUCAAGGGGGCAGCAGCAUCUCAGAGGCUCAGAAUGGGGUCACACAGCUGCCUGUGCCCUGCGCCCCAUGUGAGCAGCAGACAUCUGCUGGCCUUGUGCGGACGAAGUGCACCGGCUCCAAGGGUGACUGGACCUGUAGUCCCCAGCGCAGGAGCUCCAGCCGUGCUUCCCCGGGACUGGAUGGCCCCUUGAUCGGGGAUGUCCUGGAGACAUCUUUGGACUCCCCAUGGGAUGGAGAGGGCAGCGCAGACAGAGCGCCAGAGGACAGCACAACCUGCCCUAGGGCACGGCCCCACUGCCUGGGCUGCACAGUGCUGCGGGCUGAGCUGGACGCUGCGCGGGAGGAGCUGAGAAUCACCCAAGCUUCCACACUGUACGGGCUGAGUGGCACCCACUUGCAGGGCCUGGCUGAGGCCCUGGGCACCAUCUCGCACAUCCUGAAUGACAGGAGGCCGACAAUGACCAAACCUCCCUGGGGUGCAUCCGAGAGCCUGGGCGUGGCCAUGGCCCGACAAACACAGCUGUCCUGAAGCCUAAGUGCCUGGCAAGCAGCUGGCCGUGGCCCGCCGCCGAGGAGCCCACACGAUGUUCAGCAGCAGCAGCGUCGGCAGCACUAGGGAGAAGGUGACGACCUCCCACUCGAUCCCAGAGCCGCUAGCGUCGAGCCCCAUACUCGUGGCAGCGCCUGGAGCAGGGAGGCCUUGGACAGGACCUGAGGGGUGCUGGGCCGGCUGCCUGGGGGUGUUGGGAGUUGGAUCCAGCAGGGCCUGUGCUGAGCCAGGGCAGCUGGCGUCUCGUCACUGGACUUUCCAGGGAGCCUUUCCUACUCGACUAGCUUUUUGAUACAAUGUCCCCAAAGCCCCCUACUUUCCCCUUCACUUCUCAGGUUGGUCUCAAUAAAGCAAUGCGCAGA